CGGGCGCGGGGCAAGAUGAGCGGGGCGCUGCGCGCGGCCUGGCGGCUGCGCGGCGCCGCGCCGGGCUGGGCCCAGCGGCGGCUGAGCCAGGCGGCGGCGGCGGCCGGCGGGGCCGAGGGCGGCGGCGGCGGCGGCGGCGAUGGCGAGGGCGGCGGCGGCUCGGGGUCGCGGGAGGCGGUGGAGCGGCUGGUGCGGGCGCACCCGGUGGUGGUGUUCAUGAAGGGCAGCCCGGCGCAGCCGCUGUGCGGCUUCAGCAACGCCGUGGUGCAGAUCCUGCGGCUGCACGGCGUGCAGGACUACCGCGCCCACGACGUGCUGCAGGACCCCGACCUCCGGCAAGGGAUAAAAAACUACUCUAACUGGCCUACCAUCCCACAAGUAUACCUCAAUGGUGAAUUUGUUGGUGGCUGUGAUAUACUCCUCCAGAUGCAUCAGAAUGGAGAUCUAGUAGAAGAGCUGAAGAAGUUAGGAAUCCGUUCAGCACUUCUGGAUGCAGAAAAAGACCAAGACAAGAAGUAAAGCAAGCAAAAAGAUGCUGUUACAGGAAUAAAGAAAAUCUUCAACAAGAACUUGUUACCAGAAAAGCCUUAUGUACUUUUUCUCAAAGAAGGCAUCUUUUUGAACUGACACUAAGAUUUAUCUGUGAACAUUUGUUAAUUCAUGGCAAAUAUGUAGUAAUCAUGGUAUUCUGAUUUAUGGAUAUUGUUGUGAAAAUUUGAGUAUAACCACUGCUCUAUAAAGCAUACAUUUGUGGAGAUGGUUCCAAAAAGUUCACAUCUGAAAGGCUUCUCUUAAUUGAGGCAGGAGUAAACCAAAAGACCUAAUAUUUUUAUGGAUUGUCUGUGUGUGUUUUCUUGUUCUUUGAUACAUGAAGCUAUGCAAACAAUGUUUGCAGUUCUCUUGCUUCUCUUGAAAAAGUGUUCACUAACAGUACAUUUUUUUUUUUAUGUAUAAACACAUGCUGAUAAGACUUCCUGAGAGCCUGUAAAAUUUCUGUAACCUCAUACAGUACAGGAGAAAGUCUUUAAACAAUAUAGAAGAAAACAAAUAAUGUGAGAGUGCAUGAAAUACACUUUUACUCCAAAGGGUAAAAAUAAACACACUAGUACAAAUACAUGUCUAAUGGUCGUUAUUACUUUGUAACUUGCUGGUGGCUCUUAAAAGACCGCUGAGAAUUGUGCCUAAAGAUUUUACAAAACCUUUUCUACCUCCUGCAAUAUGGCUUUCCCCCCUGCGUAUACACUUUUGUAUUGUAAUUUCUGUAUCAGGGCUUAAAUGUGGGAAUUGGUCAAGGCUUCAGGCUAUUUGCUUGAAAUAGUAAAGAGAAGAAGAGUUAAGUUACUCACUGUAAUCUUACACUAUUUACUAGUUAUCAGGUUAUCUUUUUAGAUUUGUUGUAUUUCCAAGUAUUUUUUCCUGACUGUUGUGCUUCAAAGAGUAUAGUCGUUAAACAUGGGAUAAACAAAUGAAAUGUUUCAUGUAGAUAAUGAGGGCAGCAGAAAGGCCACUGAACAGAUAAACCUUUCUUUGUUGGAAAGUCUCUGACGUCUUCAUGAGCUAUGUAAUCCUGCUUCCCUAAGUUAAAAGAAAUUAUUUUAAGCAGUGGAGCUUCAACUGUACAACAGGACUGCUAAAGUUAAAAGUUCAUUGAGGUAUUCGUAAGUGUAGUGUACUUAAUUAAUUAAAACCAAUGUCUGCAUGUGAAUUAGGCAAAUGAUCAAAAAUAAACUGUAUUUUAUGUUGAA